AUGAAAAAAUUAAUUUAUGAUCUAAUUUACAGAAAAUUCGCAUUACAGGGUAUUGAUAUUGAUCACAGACAUCUUAGAAAAUCAGUUCGUCGGGCGCCAGAAAGCAAGGAUCCAUAUCUGCUUCUUUUGGUCAAGUUGUAUCGAUUUCUGGCACGACGAACGGGGGCAAAAUUCAACAAGAUAGUCUUGAAACGUCUUUUUAUGUCUAGACGAAAUCGGCCCCCUUUGUCUCUGCGAAGGCUGAUUUACCUCACUAGCAAGAAAGACCAGAAGGGCAAGUUGGCAGUCGUUGUUGGAACCGUUACCAAUGACCUGCGUGUUUAUAAAGUCCCGAAGCUUCGCGUAUGUGCUCUUCACGUAACCGAACAGGCACGUGCGCGCAUCCUUAAAGCUGGGGGCGAAAUACUGACAUUUGAUCAGCUUGCAAUUGCUGCUCCGAAGGGAGAAAACACCUUACUCCUGCAAGGUCCAAGGAAGGCGAGAGAGGCUGAGAAACAUUUCGGCCCUGCUCCAGGCGCUCCUCAUAGUCACACUAAGCCAUAUGUUCGUUCCAAGGGAAGAAAAUUCGAACGAGCUAGAGGUCGCAGGAAGAGCCGUGGUUAUAAGCAUUAA